AAUGAAUAUCAAAAUCCAAGAAAAAAUAUCCAAUCCAAACUUUCUACAAAAUACAUUUCCACUUAAUCUUACAGACUUAAGUGAGAAUAAUCCAUACAGAGCUAUGAAUUUUGGUUAAUAUGUUAUUUUAUCAUUAGUUAAUGGAAUGUGGAAAUAUGCUUCUAAUUAUCUAGAAAUAUUAGAUCCUCUUAAUGGUGAUAAAUUUAUUCUUGUUCCAAACAAUUUAGUAUUUCAUUAUUUUAUAUAUCUAAGACUGAAGAUGAAAUCAAUGAAUUUAGAGAUGCUGCCAAUUAAUGUCCAAAAUCUGGUCUUCAUAAUCCACUAAAAAAUCCUGAAAGAUAUAAUCUAUAUGGAGAAGUCUUCCAUAGAGCUUCAUUUCUUUUAGGAUUACCUUAAGUUGAAGAUUAUUUUGUUCAUCUUAUUUAAAGAGUUGCUCCUAAAAGUGAAAUUUAAGCAAGAGGAGAAGUCAAAGUUACUUAAAGAUUCUUAAUGAAUUUCUCUGGUGAUUAAUGUCGUUUCUUAACUAGAUCCUUUAAUGUUAGUGGUGAUACACAAGGUUAAUAAUCUAGUGGAUAUCGUUUUCCAUAUGGAUCUGUUGCUAUUAUUGCACCAUUUAAUUUCCCACUUGAAAUACCUGCACUUUAAAUGAUGGGAGCUCUACUUACAGGAAAUAAAUUAACAAUUAAAGGAGAUCAAAGAGUUUCUGUUGUUUUAGAAAUGUUUCUUAGAUUACUUCAUUUAGCUGGUUUACCACCUAAAGAUUGUGAUUUAAUUCAUUGUGAUGGUCCUCAAAUGGAAUCAUUAUUAAAAUCAACUAAUUAUAGAUUAUUGUAAUUCACAGGUUCCUCUGGAAUUGCUGAAAGAUUGUGUAAUACUAUGAAAGGUAAAAUUAAAAUUGAAGAUGCUGGAUUUGAUUGGAAAAUAUUAGGACCAGAUGUUAUCGAAAUUGAUUAUGUUGCUUAUUAAAGUGACUAAGAUGCUUAUGCAUUUAGUGGUCAAAAAUGUAGUGCUUAAUCAAUAUUAUUUGCACAUAAAAAUUGGUAUCAAUUAAUUACUAUUUAAGGGUUCAGGCAGGAAUACUUGAUAAAAUUAAAUUAUUAGCUGAACAGAGAAAUCUCAAAGAUUUAACUAUUUGUCCUGUUCUUACAUGGAACAAUUAAAGAAUAUAAUCUCAACUUGAUAAAUUAUUGGCUAUAUAAGGUGCUAAAAUCUUAUUUGGUGGAAAACCUAUUGAAGAAUAGCAUAAAAUACCAGAAUGCUAUGGUUCCUACUUACCUACAGCUGUUUUUGUUCCAUUAUAAUAAAUUAAAGAUAAUUUUGAGUUAGUGACAACAGAAGUUUUCGGACCCUUUUAAGUUGUUACAGAGUAUGAAAAUGAAGAUCAUGUAAUUGAAAUACUUGAAAAUAUACCUCAUAAUUUAACUGCAGGGGUAGUUUCAAAUGAUAUUAGAUUUGUUUCAAAAAUUUUAGCUAACACAAUAAAUGGAGUAACCUAUGCAGGUAUCAAAGCCAGAACUACUGGUGCUCCUUAAAAUCAUUGGUUUGGACCUUGUGGAGAUCCAAGAGGUACUGGUAUAGGCACACCAGAAGCCAUAAUCUAAACUUGGACAACCCAUAGAGAAAUAAUUAUGGAUUUUGGAAUAACUCCAAAAAACUUAAUAUAAAGUUGAAAUCAUUGUAAAUUAUAAAUAAA